AUUUAUGCAAACUCAGUAAUCUCUGAUUUUUUGCACAACAAAAAAGUGACAAAUUUUUCAGGAAGAAAACAAUUUACAUUUCCAAUAAGUUUUCUUCCUCUUCUGGCAAACAAUUGCGUGAGAAAUCUUCAAGAAGAUAGAGAAAAAGGCAUGGAGAAAGAUAUUUAUGGGAAAUUCACAUCGGGAGAGUGGAAAAUUGCCCAGGAUCCAAUAAGAAACUUUGUGGAUCAAAAUGACCAGAAGUUUCAUUUUGUCGAAUUGACCACAAAUGGACAGUGGAAGGGUUUGUGGGAGGCAACAUUCAUCUAUUUGAACACUCCAACUGCCUCAGAGAUUCAUCGGGAAUGCCUGUCAGUAGUGAGGAUUCUCAGUCGUGAUAAGACUUAUUUGGAUCAGUGCAUCACGGAAGAGAGAAUUAAUUGCCUACUGAAUGCUGCAAAUAUUGGAUCUGAGAAUCAUAAUCAUGGUUCUGGGGUGGUUAUUGAGGCGCUCAAGUGUCUGUGCAAUUUGGUGUUCAACAGCAAAAAGUGCCAGGAAAUGUGUCUCACCAACACAUCAACCAAAGGAAUUAUCAACCGGAUACAUCUUCAGAAGCAGCAGGAAGUUGAGUACGAGAUACAGUACUUCGACAUGAAGCUCCUGUUUCUCAUCACAGCCCUCAAUCCGCAAGUCAGGAAGAAGGUGAGGGAUGACAACGGGAUGAUUCAUUUACUCGAGAAAGUGCAAUUGAUUAUAAAGGAGAAUCAGGAUUGUGAUGCAUUUUUUGACAAACAAGUGGAUUUACUUGGAGAGAUACUGAAGGUGCUGUUCAAUCUGACCGUUCCCAGUGAUUCCACAAUUCCCGCAGAAGAUGAACAGGCUGUUCACUUCCGUGGCCUGAUUGUUGUGCUGAGGGAAUUAUUUCUGCGACGUGCAACGUCGAAGGAGAAGCAGCAUGAUUUGUGGUCAAAUUGUGUGAAUUUGCUGACAAGUGUCCCAACAGCCAAUUUCACCGAGUUGACCACGGAAUGUGAGGAGGGAAAGGGUUUUGAGGGGCAGGAUAUGGCAGUUGUGGAUAUUUUAUUGAAUUUCCUGCGUCUCCGUUUGGAGUCAAUGCAAAAGGUGUCAAUGCAGAAUGAGUGUCUCUCGCCAAUUCUCACGGCUCUGGUCAAAUGUGUUCGGUCAAGUAGUUGCCUCAGACGCUACAUUCGCAUUCAGGUACUUCCGCCUCUGCGAGAUGUCCAUCGUCGGCCUGAAGAUGGCACUGAACUGAGGAAUUAUCUGUGUCGUCUGUUGACAACGCCAGCGUUGCAGGUGCGUGAUCUUGUGGCUGAAUUUCUGUUUGUCAUGUGCAAGGAGAAUGUGGGCAGGAUGAUCAAGUAUACGGGGUAUGGUAAUGCUGCUGGGAUGUUUGCCAAUCGAGGUCUUUUGGGUGGCCAUGGGAAUCCAGGGGAGGGAUAUUCGUCAGACAGUGAAGAUAGCGAUACGGAGGAGUACAAGGAAUUGCAACAUGGAAUAAAUCCAGUUUUGGGGUGCUAUGAGCCAAAAAGGCCAAAUAUCUUUGAGGGUAUGACGGAGGAACAGAAAGAAUAUGAAGCAAUGGAACUGGUGAGUUUAAUGGACAAAUUGCAGCGUCAGGGCAUUAUGCAACCUGGACGAAUUGGUCCAGAUGGACGACCAGUACCAGUGGAUCAUAUUUUGGAAUUGCAGGAAGAACUGCCACAGCAACAGAGUGAUCAUAAGCGCAAAACUUAAAGGUAACACCGCAUUUAAUGGUCUUCAGAGAAGUAUUAACAAAAAAAUAAUAAAUUAAACUAAAAAAAAUAAUAGGAUUGAUUUUUGUGGAAUCUUCCCAAAAUGAUGUUUCCAACAAAAAUCAAACCUUCAGUAUUGAUCCUGUUGGAUGCACUUUGUUGACAAAACUUGCCAAAGAUAGAGAGAAACAACAAAAAAAAAAAAAGAACUCACACCAUUUUAAUCUGAAUCUAUGUAAUAUUUCGCGCUAAAAGAUACAGUUAAAUUUCCUCUCUCAAAAACUCCAAUGCCAGAGAUUCACCCAGAAACUCUAGCUGUGUUCCGCUCCAUAACAAAUUUUCCGAGAAGAUAAAAUAAAAUUUAUGCCAAAACAAAA